GGGGCGACCGCCGGCUCCGGGCUGCUUCCUGCCGUUCGCCGCUCUGCUCCGCCCUCCGCAAGAUGGCGGCCCCUGGUGCGAGUAGGAUCAGUGCUUGUGCCGGUACCGCUGCCGGGAUGGACAGCAGCCGAGGGCCUGGGGGCAGCGGUCGCGGCCCGGCUGGCGCCGCAGUGAAGGUUCUUGAAUGUGGAGUCUGUGAAGAUGUAUUUUCUUUGCAAGGUGACAAAGUUCCCCGGCUGCUUUUGUGUGGUCAUACUGUAUGCCAUGACUGCCUUACCAGGCUUCCUCUUCAUGGCAGAGCAGUUCGUUGUCCUUUUGAUCGACAAGUUACUGAACUAGGAGAUUCUGGUGUCUGGGGCUUGAAAAAGAAUUUUGCUUUGCUGGAACUCUUGGAACGGUUGCAGAAUGGACCAACUGGGCCAUGCGGGACAGCAGAAGAAGCCAUUGGUCUAUCUGGAGAGAGUAUCAUUCGUUGUGAUGAAGAUGAAGCCCAUGUUGCAUCUGUGUAUUGCACUGUUUGUGCCACUCACUUGUGUGCAGACUGUUCCCAACUGACUCACUCUACAAAGACACUGGCAAAACACAGGCGUGUGCCUCUUGCUGAUAAGCCUCACGAGAAGACCAUGUGCUCCCAACACCAAGUGCAUGCCAUUGAGUUCGUUUGCUUAGAAGAGGGUUGUCAGGGGAGUCCUCUUAUGUGUUGUGUCUGCAAAGAAUAUGGAAAGCAUCAAGGUCAUAAGCAUUCUGUCUUGGAACCAGAAGCAAACCAGAUUCGUGCAUCCAUUUUAGACAUGGCCCACUGUAUAAGAACUUUCACAGAAGAAAUCUCAGAUUAUUCCAGAAAAUUAGUUGGAAUUGUUCAGCAUAUAGAAGGAGGAGAACAAAUAGUUGAAGAUGGAGUCGGAAUGGCACAUACUGAACAUGUACCAGGGACUGCAGAGAACGCUCGGUCCUGUGUCCGAGCCUACUUUUCUGAUCUUCAUGAAACCCUUUGUCGUCAGGAGGAAAUGGCUCUUAGUGUUGUUGAUGCUCAUGUGAGAGAGAAGUUGAUUUGGCUUAGGCAACAGCAAGAAGAUAUGACCAUCCUCUUGUCACAGGUUUCAACAGCUUGCCUUCAUUGUGAGAAGACUUUACAACAGGAUGACUGCAGAGUAGUGUUGGCCAAACAGGAAAUUACAAGAUUGCUAGAAACCUUACAGAAACAGCAGCAGCAGUUUACAGAACUUGCAGAUCACGUGCAGCUGGAUGCUAGCAUACCUGUCACUUUUACAAAGGACAACAGGGUACAUAUUGGACCAAAAAUGGAAAUUCGAGUUGUCACUCUAGGAUUAGAUGGAGCUGGCAAAACAACUAUUUUGUUUAAGUUAAAGCAAGAUGAAUUCAUGCAGCCAAUUCCAACAAUAGGUUUUAAUGUCGAAACAGUAGAAUACAAGAAUUUGAAGUUUACUAUAUGGGAUGUAGGGGGGAAGCACAAAUUGAGGCCAUUGUGGAAACAUUAUUAUCUCAAUACACAAGCUGUGGUGUUUGUUGUUGAUAGCAGUCACAGCGACAGGGUCAGUGAAGCACACAGUGAACUUGCAAAAUUGUUAACAGAGAAGGAAUUGCGAGAUGCCUUGCUCUUGAUCUUUGCUAAUAAACAGGAUGUAGCAGGUGCUCUUUCAGUGGAAGAAAUCACAGAACUGCUCAGUCUCCACAAACUCUGCUGUGGCCGUAGCUGGUAUAUUCAGGGUUGUGAUGCCCGAAGUGGGACAGGUCUUUAUGAAGGACUGGACUGGCUUUCAAGGCAGUUAGUGGCUGCUGGUGUCCUGGAUGUGGCUUAAUCUUUCUUACGGCAGCUGCAAUUUAAGGUUGUAGCUUACUGUUUUGUUUUGUUUGCACGAUUUAGGAGGUAGUCAGGUCUGCUCUCUGAAGAGGGGAUUUUAUUUAACUUGAUGGUUACAGAAAAAUAAAAGCCGUUAUCCUGUACUGGAUAGUUGGUUCAGUAAACUUGUGCUAUUACAGUGUUUAUGAAAUUUGAUACAUUUACAAAUAAUGGAAUGAGCUCGUUUUGAGGGUGCCUUGGAAUUCUUUCUGGUGAAAUUAGUUGUUAGAAAUUAGAAUUCUUUUCAUUAGAGUUAAUACUUACAACAAAGUAACAGAAUUUAACUUAGGUCUGCAGGAAAUUGAGUGGUUUACACAUACUUUCCCAGGAAUUAUUAAAAAAUCCAUCUCAUAAUUAGAAUAGCCAGCUCUGUCUCUUAGUUAUAAACAAAUGGUGCUAGAAUUUAAUAUCUAAAGAAUGCAUUAGUGUAUAGGUGACAUUGCACUGCAAAAAGAAAAUAUAUCUCUGGUUAUUUAUGGGCUUCCCUGUUUGUUACCAGAGGGCAUCAUAAUGGGCAAAGAAACCUGAGAAGGGGGGAACAGUGUUGCAGGGCUAGGGGGCUGUGGCAUUGUUUAGCUAGUAAUUUUCUAGUUGUGGGAUUUGGGGUUUUUUUUGUUAAUUGUACACAUGCUAAUCUAUUUAUGGACACACUACAGUGAUACGGAGAUGGAAGAGCUUUGUGUGUGCUUGAGGACAUAAUUGUCUCUGGGGGUUAAGCUCACUCAUCAAGUCGAAUGAAGUUCGACUGCCUUCGAAGUCCAAGGUAGUGGCCUCAAAAUAUUAAAUAACACAAUGUAAAAGCAAUGUACAUUAAUUAUAAACCUUAUGUAGAAGAGCAGAUGGCAAAAUGUGAUAUAAACCUUCCAUAAUUAGAUUUUCAAUUCUUACUGAAUCUUCCAAAUGGAACUGUCACCUAUGCCUUUAUUUUUGAAGAUUACUCAUUUGCAAGCCCAUGAUAUGUGAAUGUAGCAGCCUUUAAAUUUAGAGAUGGCUGCACCUUUUAAUCUGCUGCACAUGCAGCUCUGCUAACAAUUUAACCUGUCUGCUGUGUGCACCAGAAUCUUCUGUCCCCCUUUUUAAAGUGCAUAGCCAUAACCAAUUGAAGAAGCUGUGCCAUGGAAUAUUUUUGUUGCUAAAGGACCUACAAAAAGCAUGGCCAGUAGAUCAAAACUGCCUAUUACCUUUUCUUAAUGGAGUACAGGUGAAUUGGGGGAACUGGACAGUGGAGGUGAGCAGUACUUUUUUCACAGAUGGGUAAUGUUUUUGUCACACUAAGAAGAGUGUUUACCUGUGAAAGCUCAGAACUUCACGUGGCAAAGAAAACACAGCCCAUUAUUUUUUGCUAUGACUUUUAUUGUAAUAUCAAUUUUAUUAUGUUUUCUGACUAAAUACCUUAGAUAGAUAAAACCAAGAAUGUGUAAACAAAUACUUCAGUGCAUUUGCACCUUUAUUCAGUGACUGUAUUUGUAGUUUUGUAACUUAAAUGUCAUGUAAGUGGUGUUAAAUGCAGCUUUGGUUUUAGCAAGUCUUGGAAAAGCAAGACUUCAACAAGACUUGGAAAACUGAUUGAAAGAACACUUAAGCUUUAAAAAAAAUAGUUAAAUGCCCAUGAUACGGGCUUCAGUGCCUAUGUGUGUGUAUGUAUAUAUACAUAUAUAUAUAGGUACUGAGAAGGAGUAUCUAUUCUUUGCUUCAGACAACCUGAUAAAUGUGGAAAGAGGUUAUGACAGUGAACAGUGUUUUCUUGCACAUACCAAACCAGAAGUUGUUCAUCAUUCCCAGCAUGUAACUUCUUGCACAAGAGAGUUAGCUUCUCUGACUUGAGCAUCUGCUUAGCCUGUACUGCAGAGCAGACCCAAACCUUGCUAGGGUUCUGCUGUCCAUAGCUCGUUUUAGAAUAUCAGUAAAUCCUGCUAAACAUGGUAUAUACAUUUUAUUAGAACAUUUUCAACAGACAAGAUAGGAUUCUUUAGAAAAACCUUGAUUCUGUAUUUUUGUUUUAGCUGACUUAUGCUUCAGUUAUACCUGCCUCUCAGUGUAGAUCUACUUCAAAAUGUUUAGGGUGUCCAGUUUGAAUUUUUCUUAACAUCACAUUUGAAGGCAGAGGAAAAAUACUCAGCACACAUUUUUGAACACAAAAGCUUGCUUGUUAUACAUGGAAUGCUACCAUAAAAGUGUUUUUAAAUGGAGUUUAUUUAAGAUGACUUGAAAGAACUGUGAAAGUGUUGCAUUUGUCUGUGAACUCUUUAGUGUGAAAAGGUACACUAAGAUGUUUAUUUGUAUUAUAAAUUAAUAGUACAUAUAAACUGCUUCAGUUAUAAUUUUAAGCUUGUUUCACCAGUGUUACUGAACUUUAGUUUUUAGUGUACUGACUUACACAAUAUGUAGUUGGAAUAGUUCAACUAGAACUCACUCAAGCAUUACUAUGAGGAUUAUUUGAAAAUACUGAAUAACUUUUCAUAGGAUUUUGACAUAAUUAUGAAACUGAGCUAAUAAAACUAAAUCCAGUAACUGUGCUGUGGCUUUUUUUAGAAGAAUCUCAGCUCAAACAGUAUGUCUAGCCUAACUGAAAAAUUGUUUUAUCACUUGAUGUGGUCUUACUGUAUGCUAGCUUCAAAUUUAUUGUGAACUGUGUGGAUUAUAUUCUGAGAGAGUUCUUACUCUGAAUUGUGGGAGUAGGUGUGGAUGUUAUGUAAAGAUGUCGUGAAAGAAAACUGACUUAACUAAAAUGUUUUAGUGCAUGUUUUGUAAAGAUGUCCUGAAAGAAAAUGCUUGUUUAGUGGAAACAAUUUGUGAGCUGCUGCAGUUUCAGAAAAUUAAUUCUUUUCAGUAAAGUAUGGAAAACUUUGAGAAUUUUAAUAAACUUACCAUUUUUCUUGUUAAAGUAAUCUCA